CAGUUCGCUGCUUCUGUGCGGGUCGUGUCAAGUUGAGUGUGUAGGUCUGUAACGUGUUUGUUGUUUAUUGUAUUUCUACUUCGACAGUAAUUACAGAUUUGAAGAUAAAUAUGACGUUCUGGCAACGUUUACAUCAAAGUAAAUCAAAGGAAUCCGGCGCCAUGAACGGUCUAUCGAACGGCGGCACAAACGGCCACUCCGAUCACUGCGCCGAACUGAACGGCGCAUGCGCAAAGAACACCUGGACAAUCGGCCUCAUCAACGUGCAAUUCCGGUACCUGACGGCCGAAACCUUCGGCUUCAAAAUCAACGCCAACGGAACUUCCCUCAAGAAAAAACAAAUAUGGCGUCUGGAACCAGCUCCCAAUGGAGAGAUCUACCUCCGUUCGCAUCUGGACAAAUAUUUGGCGGUGGAUAGUUUCGGGAAUGUGACCUGUGAGUCUGAGGAUAAGGAGCCGGGGUCCAGGUUCCAGAUCGUGGUCUCCGAGGAUAGCUCUGGGAGGUGGGCGCUGAGGAACGUGGUGAGAGGAUACUUCCUGGGUGCGUCGCAGGAUAAGUUGGUGUGCACCGCUAAGGUCCCCUCGGAUCCGGAGUUCUGGUUGAUGCAUUUGGCGGCUAGGCCUCAGGUGAACCUGCGCUCAGUCGGUCGCAAACGGUUCGCGCACCUGUCAGAGAGCCUGGAGGAGAUCCAGGUGGACGCGAACAUCCCCUGGGGCGAGGACACACUGUUCACCCUGGAGUGUCGCCUGGACGAGGGCGGCAAAUACGCUCUGCACACUUGCAACAACAAGUUCCUGUCGAGGGAGGGCAAACUGGUCAGCGAGUGUAAUCCCAACUGUCUCUACAGCGCCGAGUAUCAUGGAGGCCAGUUGGCGCUCAGGGAUCGUGCUGGGGCUUAUCUGUCACCGAUUGGCUCCAAGGCGGUGCUGAAAAGUCGUUCAAAUUCAGUGACCAAAGACGAACUGUUCACUCUGGAGGAUUCACUGCCUCAGGCCUCAUUUGUGGCCGCUCUCAACGCAAGAUAUGUUUCUGUCAAACAAGGUCAGUGGAUUCAUUUCCUGCGACACUACCUCAAGCCUUAG